CACCGGCGUCACUGUUCACCGGCAGAAGAAGCCCCAAACCCAAGACCGCGUCGCCGUCGCCGGCGCACGCGACCUGCGCUCCUCCCUUGCCACACCUCGUCUCGCCCACCACCACGCCAGCUCCAAUGGCGCCCGGCCCCACCUCCCCGGAAGCAGAAGCCCGCGCGGUGGGUGGCGGAGCGGGGAAGGAGGACGAAGCCGCGGCCUCGCCCACCACCCUCACCGCCGACCACGCAUCGCUGGGCCCCGUCUCCUCUCCAGAAGAAUGCGCGCGAGGUGUGGACGGGGAAGCGGCGCGGGAGGAUGGAGCCGCAUCCUCGCCAUGGCUCCCCGCCUCGCCCGACACCGACACCACUGACUACGCUCGGUUGGACUUGGACGAAGUCGGCGAAGCGGAGCAGGAAGGCCACGCGUCAUUGCCAUGUGAAGAGAAGGAAGCGAAGGAACUGAGAGAACACGAAGAGGAUUGUGACGCGGACGACGAGGCGGAGGAGGAGGAGGAGGAUGACGAGGAGGCCCCGACGCACCUCCCCCUCGCGCCCUCGUCGGAAUCGGAGUUACCUGAUGAUACGUCAACAUUUGAUCCCAGCUUCACCAUCUCUCUCAUAAGGAAGCUUGUUCCGUCGGGACCAGAUGUGGAUAAAGAGUUCAUUGUGAAUCAGGGACAGGCAGAAGAAAAGGAUACUAGUAGUUCUGAUGGUGGGAAACCAACACAGCCUGAUGACAAUGAUCUUUGGGACGAGGAAGGUGGCAAGCUGUGGGACCUUUCAGCUAUUGAAUCUCAGGCAAAACUUAUGGUUAACAACCUUGUACUUGAAGUGCUUUUGGCAAACCUUCAUGUGAGACAAUCUCUUCGAGCGAAGGAAAUCUGUAUUGGGAUCCUAGGAAACUUAGCUUGUCAUAAAUCUCUGGCCGAUGCAAUCACUUCGCAUAAUGGAUUAAUUGCAACUGUUGUGAAUCAAUUAUUUCUUAAUGACUCUGCUUGCCUUACUGAAACAUUCAGGUUGUUGAGCACCAUUUUUCAGAGCAAUGCAUCUAUGUCAUGGGCUGAAGCUCUUUUACCUGAUGAAAUUCUUUCACGUAUUAUAUGGAUAAUUGGAAACACAGUGAAUUCUACCUUAUUUCAUAAGACCUUGGAGUUUCUGUCGGCUCUCGUUGAUGACCAAGAUGUGAUUACCAUUCUUAUUGAGCCCUUGAUAAAAGUGGGUUUAGUUGACUGUUCUAUUAGUUUGCUACUAACUGAGCUUGAAAAAUCAAUGGAUGGAAAUAAUCUGAACAGGUCAGAUUCUCUUGAUUCAAUCUUUCGCCUUAUUGAGGAACUAUCCGCCAUAGACAACUGUUCAAAAAUAAUGUCAUCAAAUGACCAACUGAUUAAAGCUCUAAACAGUGUAGUCAAGUUACCGGAUAAAUUUGAGGUUGAGGACUAUUGCGCUUCUGUGUUGAUCAUAUUAGCCAAUGUUUUGUCUGAUGGGGAACAUCUCACGCCUAUUCUGUCUGAUGAUUUACCCUUACUGGAGGGCCUAUUUGACAUUCUUCCAUUGGUCUCUGAUGAUAAUGAAGCUCGAAAUGCAUUUUGGUGUAUCUUGACACGUUUACUGGAACAAGUACACACACAAGAAUCUGUCGUGAACUCUUCAAAAGUCGAGCAGUUUGUGUCUAUCUUCUUGGCUAAGUUCACCCCCAUCAAAGAUGACAUCGAAACACAUGGGAUUCAAACAGAAGCUGAUUCUUCAGUUGAGGGUGUUUCUUUGAAGAAUGGGCUAUGCACAUCUCUCAGGGCAAUGUGCAACAUCACGAAAAGAUGGAUUGCGGAUAAGUCGUCCUUGGGCAAAGAAGACGCUUCACUGACUGACAGCUCCAUUAAAAGUGCUAGGGAACUGCUGAAUUUCUGCCGGUCUGCAAUGGGCACUACUGACCUGUGAAGCUUGCAACACGAAGGUUUUGCUGUAGAGGGCAACUACAUACGUGAAAACCUACUAGGAGUUUUGAUGUAUAGGCGUAUAGCACGAGAUCUUCCCAAGGCCUGUUAAAACCCACUAGGAGUUUUGCUGUAGAGGAUUACAAAUUUACAAUGAUGCAUAAAUGAUAGAUCACCAAUUGCUGAAGUAGAUCGCAACUCACGUGGUUCUGCCAAUUUACAUUGCAUUGGUCGAGAAUUUACUUCGCAACUUGCGUUGUUACUGGAAUGCUUGUGAUGUAAUGAACGUGUAUAAAAUGGUAGCAUACUAUGGCACAGUGCCAAUGGUUUCGUAUCAACCCUACUGCUUUUGACUUAACGAGAUGCUGGCAAACCUAUUCUGUUAUGUGAG